AAAUAUACAAUGAAGUAGGGAAUGUCACGUGGUUAUUUAAUAACAGUAAUAUCAUGGCGGCCAGUUUAGGCUAGUCAAUAAUGAUCAGUAUUGGUCAGAAAAUUUAUUGUUUGUGUUGUUUUAAGAUAAUUUAGUGAAAUAAAUUUUCUUUUUGUUUAAAUACGAUUCCGAUUUGGUGUUUCAGUGCAAUUGUAGAAUAAAAAGACUUGAGCUUAAAUGGAAUUCUUAAAAAAUGAAUUGAAUUCGUAUAAUGUAAAUUCAAUGAAAAAUGAAGUAAUAUGAAAUCGUUUUAAUCUAUGACGAUAUUUCAUAUAUUUGUUAAUAAAGAGUAUGGAAUAAAUAAAAAUGUUUGUAAAAGACCCUUGUGGGAUCGUGUGUAUCAUAAUUACAUACGUUGCUGUCUUUUAUGCAGAUUACGUCGUCGUACGUUGGGUUAUCCUGCAUAGUUUACAAGACAGUCUAUGGGGUCCUUUUCAUGUUGUGGCUUUCAACACCAUUGUAUUAUUAUUGAUAACAUCACAUUUGAAGGCAGUCUGCAGUGAUCCUGGUGUUGUGCCACUACUUCAAAGUCGUAUGGACUUUUCUGACAUUCAUACAGAUAAUCCAGAAACAAAAAUUGAAUGUGAUGAAAGAGACAGUUGGACUGUUUGUACUAGAUGUGAAACAUACAGACCACCUAAAGCAUGUCACUGUAGAAUUUGUAAACGAUGUGUUAGGAGAAUGGAUCAUCAUUGUCCAUGGAUAAACAACUGUGUUGGAGAACGAAAUCAAAAGUACUUUAUUCAAUUUCUGAUCUAUGUUGGAAUAUUGGCCCUCUAUGCUCUAGGCUUGGUGAUAACCUCAUGGAUUUUAGAAUGUUCUCGAUGCAGUAAUGAUAUAGCUGUCAAACAGAGUCGCAUCUUACACUGUGUUAUAUUGGUAUUGGAAUCAGCACUGUUUGGUAUGUUUGUCAUCGCAAUGCUUGUAGACCAAUUUCAAGGUAUCCUGGGAGAAGAAAAUAUAAUGGAACAUAUGCAGAAUAGUCAUCAUUAUAAAAGAAACAGUUCACGUACUUUGAUUUUACUUUCCGAAGUUUGUGGUAAAAGCCAUCCAAUUUUAUGGAUGUUUCCUUGCCAAAAUCCACCACGUUAUACUUUUCGAAAAGAUGCGUACCUGAUAGAUCAUGAAGUUUAGAUAAAUGUUUGAUUGCACAUUAUGAAGUAAAAGCUUUUGUUAUGGCUUUGUUUGCCAUAAGUACUUUUUUAUAUUACAGAAGUUUCUAUUAUUUAAGUACGAUUAAUGAAUUAAAACAUCAUACAUCAUGAUAUAUGAAAAACAAAGAUUUACAUAAUUACAAUUGUUUAUAUAAACA